CUUCACAAUUUUCCCUAGUUCCUGUUGUCACGUGACAGGCAACUAUGGCUUCCUUCUCGCAGUGACAGAGGGUCACUAUUGAAAACAAGGCAAAAAUUAAAGUUGUAGCCUUUUAUUUACCCCUUCACACCAGUAGGAUUUACGAUGCAGAAGAUAAAGUCUCUUAUGGCCCGUCAGGGUCUGAAAAGUCCCCAAGAGAGUAUGGCAGACCUGAGUCCUGUGGAGAACCUGAGGAUCCCGAGCAAGGAGGAGUUGCGGGAGCUGAGGGAGCUGCCCAUCGACCCCCAGGCAGAGCAGGAAAUCAUCGACAGCAUUGAGGAGGUCUACUUCUCCAGCGACUCCUUCGAUAUGGUGCAGCAUGAGCUGGAGAAACUCCCACCUGAGCUGAACCUGCAGGAGCUGGAGGAGUACAGAGACACGCUGAAGAAACAACAGGAUGCCGUUUCCAAAAAGGUGGCUGACCUCAUCCUAGAGAAGCAGCCUGCUUAUGUCAAGGAACUGGAGAGAGUGACGGCGCUACAGACCAACCUGCAGCUGGCAGCAGUCAUUUGCACUAAUGCUAGAAGACAACUUCGUGUGUCAAAGGAGGGGUUCACUGAGGCCAGCCUGGGUCUGUUAGCCAAUCAGAGGAGGCGACAACUGCUGACAGGCCUGCUCAAGUCCCUAAGGACCAUCAAGACCCUGCAAAGAACAGAUGUACGACUCAGCGAGAUGCUUGAGGAGGAAGACUAUCCGGGAGCUAUCCAGCUCUGUCUGGAAUGUCAAAAGGCCGCCAGCACCUUCAAACACUACAGCUGCAUCAGCGAACUGAAUUCUAAACUACAAGACACUCUGGAGCAAAUAGAGGAGCAGCUUGAUGUCGCCCUGUCGAAGACGUGCAAGCACUUUGAUAUUUUGCACUACACCAAGGUCCAGCUGGCCUACUCGCUCCUCGAUAAAACACAGACUGCUAUGGACCAGCUGCACAUGCACUUCACGCAGGCUAUCCACAACACAGUGUUCCAGGUUGUACUGGGAUACGUUGAGCUGUGUGCUGGGAACGCCGACACCAAGUUCCAGAAGAUGCAGUAUAAAGACCUCUGCACGCAUAUCACCCCCGACAGUUACAUUCCCUGCCUGAUGGAUCUCUGCAAGGCUUUGUGGGAGGUGAUGCUGAGCUACUACCGCACUAUGCAAUGGCAUGAGGAGCAUGACAAACAGGAUGCUUCUCCUACUCCAGAUGAGGCAGCAGCGUCUGAUGAGGUGAUGGUGGACCGGAGCUACGUGAAGAAGAAGCUGGAACAUGGACUCACCCGAAUCUGGCAGGAUGUCCAGCUGAAAGUGAAGUCGUACAUCCUGGGAACAGACAUGUCCAACUUCAAAUACGAUGAUUUCAUCGUGGUUCUGGAUGUCAUCAGCAGGUUGAUGCAGGUUGGUGAGGAAUUCUGUGGGAGUAAAUCAGAAGUUCUUCAAGAGUCGGUCAAACGUCAGAGCGUUAACUACUUUAAAAACUAUCACAGGGCACGACUGGAGGAGCUGAGGAUGUUUCUGGAAAAUGAGACGUGGGAGCUUUGCCCAGUCAAGUCGAACUUUAAUAUCGCCCAGCUCCACGAGUUCAAGUUCAUGGGCCAGUGUCACUCUCCGUCCAUUUCCCCGAGCAGACAGUCUGCAUCCUCAUCUGUCCCUCUCCAGGAGGAGCGGUCCCUGUUCCAGCAGUUCCUGCAGGACGGAAACCCCUUUGAGAUGCACAUUGAGCACAAGGAGGAAGAGACGGAGGAUGUGCUGGCAUCUAAUGGGUACGAGUCAGAUGAGAUGGAGAAAAGUGUGUAUCAGGACUAUGACAGCGACAGUGAUGUCCCUGAUGAACUGAAGCAGGACUACAUAGACGAGCAGACGGGCGAUGCCCCUCAGAACCGUGUGUCUAAAGAGAGCCAGAGAGGCAAGAAGAAGUCCGAUUACAACCUGAGCAAGGCCAACGCACCGAUUCUCACCAACACCACCCUCAACGUCAUACGGCUUGUUGGGAAGUACAUGCAGAUGAUGAACAUUCUGAAGCCAAUUGCCUUUGAUGUCAUCCACUGCGUGUCACAACUCUUCGACUACUACCUUUAUGCUGUGUACACCUUCUUUGGACGUAAUGACAUGCCUGUCCCAAGCCCAUCUCUGCCCUCUUACGGUGGCAGAGAGGCAGCCACUGCCAGGGUGGUGGGCCCUGCCUGCUUGUAUGAGUCAUCAGGUCUGGGCCUUAUCAGCAGCCGACUGAGAACCACCCUGAACCGGAUCCAGGAGAACCUCAUUGACAUGGACUCUUUAGGGGAAAACUCAGGAGUCCAUGGCUCGGCAGAAGACAGGAAGGAGAAGGUGCCAAGUCCUCAUCUCAGCCAGCUGGUGGUCCUCACCAACAGCGGGACGCUGUAUGGUCUGGCUCAGAGGGUGGUGGCCACCGAGUCUCUUGUGUUUUUGGCUGAGCAGUUUGAGUCCCUCCAGUCCCACUUGGACACCGUGAUGCCCGCUGCUAAGAAGCCUUUCCUACAACAGUUUUAUUCACAGACGGUCUCUACAGCCGGUGAGCUGAGGAAACCGAUAUACUGGAUCGUAGCAGCCAAGGCCAUCGACUACGAGCAGAUGCUGCUGCUAAUGGCUGGAGUUAAAUGGGACAUCAAGGAGAUAAUGUCGCAGCACAACGUGUACGUAGAUGUCCUGCUGAAGGAGUUUGAGCAGUUUAACAAGCGGCUGAGUGAUGUUUCUAAGCAAGUACGCAUCCCUCUCCCUGUGUCCAACGUCCUGUGGGAACACUGCAUCCGCCUGGCCAACCGGACUCUGGUUGAGGGCUACUCUAAUGUGAAGAAAUGCAGCAAUGAGGGCCGGGCCUUGAUGCAGCUGGAUUUUCAACAGUUCCUGAUGAAGCUGGAGAAACUGACAGACCUGAGACCGAUCCCUGACAAGGAGUUUGUGGAGACCUACAUCAAGGCCUACUACCUGACUGAGAACGACAUGGAGCAGUUUAUCAAAAACCACAGGGAGUACUCCAUGAAGCAGCUAGCCAACUUGGUAAAUGUUUGUCUGGGCUCACACAUAAACAAGAAGGCACGUCAGAAGCUUCUAGCAGCUAUCGAUGACAUCGACAGGCCCAAGAGAUAGACUCGUGAAGGGGUCAGAGGUCCCGCUGAGAGCUCACCAUCAAAUGUCAGCAAUCUAAUCGGAUGUGUUCAACAGGCUGGACAGUGGCGGAGACGCGGUUAAAAGUCCAAAACUCACUUAGCUGGUGGCUAACGACGUGUUUGUUUUGUCCUUUUAUGGUAAAAACUGCUGUUAGUUAAAUGUGACAAACUAAGGAUGCUGCAGUUCUCUGCUCAGAAGGACCCUGAUACAAAAACCAAGAAUUAAACCGUUCUGAAGCAAUGACCGCACUUCAGAUGAGUCUGAUUUCAUAAUGGUAUUGAGGUUUGAGAGUUACGGCUCGGUGUUGUUGUUGUUUACUGUGAUGAUUCAUUAGCUCAUCUCAUACUGUACGCCUGCUGUACAUUAGUUCGCUUCAGGCUGUUGGCGGUGCCUGGCUGAAUUCUCUGCUUCUGCGUUUUCUUUAUUUUGUCCACAAACAUGAUAAAUCUAAUAUAAAGCUGAUGAUUCUGAAAUUAAUAUAAAUUACAGUAGUUAGCGUGAAUUUGUCUGGAUUAUACUUGCAGUUGCUUGUUUGCUGUCUCAUAUCUGAGGAGGGAAUUGUGUUUUCAUCCAGGAGUUUGUUUUUUCUAGAGGAGAUGCAUCCCACCGCAGAUUCAAUGUGAUUGUCUCUGUUUUCUGCUUUGAAUUUAUGGAGGAAUCUAAAAUGUUAGUAGCAGAAGAGUGAUCCAUCAGGUUAAAGCCACUUCUGAAGUCUCUAGGUCAAGUUUACUAACUUCCUCCAAACCGGUAAAAAAACAACAACACUCCUUCGAAGAUGUUUCAUUCUUAAUUCUGCUCAAGAGGACAGUUUUAGAUUUCUAGUUAAAAACUUCAUAAUCAGAACACUCCACAUGUGAAAUUACAGAUUAGAUUUUCCUUUGGAAAUAACAGAAAAUAUUCAAUAUUCUUUUUUAAUUCUCGUGAAUGUAAUCAGCUUGUUCCAGUUGGUGAAAUUUUACAGAUGCUUCUGGUUAAAAUUUAAAACAAAUGCUUGGAAUGGUUAAGAGAGGAAUGUUUAGGCAACUCAGAAAAUGGGAUUAAAGGAAAUUAGUGCAAAUUUAAUCCCAGUUUAUUUGUAGUUUUACACAUAAAUUUCUGCAUCCAAAUGUGCAGAGGAGCCAAUUCACUAAUUGACAUUUAUAAAGAUGAGCCGUUUGUAGUUGAACAAUUUUUCAAAGUAGUUUUCAAAUGAGCUAAAAUCACUCAACAGUUUCAAACUUAAUUGUUAUAGUGAGAGAGCCUUUUAACUAAACAGCGUCAAACCACUAUUUAACACUGAUGAACGCCUGCUGGACUCAUCUGAACUCCGCAGUUACACACAUUAGUGGCUUUAACGUAUAAAUGUUUAGUAAAAAUGAACUAAAAUGUUUUCCCUCCCAAAUCGUCCCGAUGUCAGGCUAACCAGACCAGCGGGGAGCGCCACUAAAUAACCUGAGUUCUGUUGCAGCUGAGACUUGUUGUAAAGUGUGAAUAUUUAUUUCUCGCCUUGUUUUUGUUUGUUUUUCUAUAAGACCAGUGCUGGUAGUGUCACGUUUCACUCAUCCUGAAUCAGAUACGACAUUUAAACUGAUCACAUGUUGACCGUCCCGUGCUCUGUAGUGAAAACGUGUAACGAGUGCAGGAAACAAUAAACACACUAGCUAUG